CAUUGAAUACCCGCUAUUAAUUCCCAAUUCAUCCGUGAAUGCACAAUUCCGAAAGAGUUCUGCCUCUCUGUGAAUUGAAUAAUUUACUUCAUGUGUGGUUUUGCGUUAUUUAGUCGGAUAGAAAGCCUCGUCUUCCUGCCCCGAUUCAUUCUUGCUCUAUUGUAAAGGGGCAUUGAAUACGAAACUUGAAAGUGUUUGAAAUUGAAAAGAGUUCGACUUGCGGCUGUUUCGUGCCAGUCGCGAUCAAGCUUUGUUUAUCAACACCAAGAGUUGAUUUCAUGCAAUUCGAGCAAAUACGAAGAGGAAUUCGUCAAUUAAUCGUCUAUAACGAUUCUGUGCUUUUACUUUUGUCAAGGGAAUACGUGUCGAGUCUCAUGGAUAAGCAGAAUUCAGUGCGGGAAUUGGUGAUUUGAAAGAGGCGCCUCUUCUGCAGGAAACGACAUUUCUCGAGGAUAAGGCUCCGAACUCAGCUAUGUGUCAAAAAUUCAUGCAAGGCAAAUGAAUGCUUCUAUAAGGCAGGUCCAUGACUGAAACCCAAGGCUGACAUCUACGUAAGAUUAUGCUCAGAAUCCUUGUACAAGCAUUUUUGAGAAAAUAUCGGUUACUCACUUCUGAUUGAGAGGCACGUGUUAAGAGCAGAGCGUUAAUCUCACUGGAAAUCGGAUCCGUAAGAUCAUUUGCUUGAUUGGCAUUACGCUAUUGUAGAUGUGAGCUGAGCAGCUUUUGGGGAUCAGGAAGACGAUUAGGGCAACGGCAUUGGUUUUUCGCAAGGAAAAGGAGGGAGGCGCUAAUCUCAGUAGCUCAUUGUGCGACAAGAGCUUGUGAUCUACAUUAAGAGGCAGAUAACAUAGUAUCAUCUAAAGGAAGCAUACGAAGACUCCAAGGCUCCUAAUUUAUAUAAGUAUUCGAUUUAGUGAAAAAGGAAAGUAAGCCUUAUCAAGAAGUAACAGGAAGUAAGACAGAUUUAUAAGGGGCACAUAAAGGCGACAAAGAGUAACUACAAGUAACGAGGAGUUACAAUCAACCAUCUAAAGUUUUUUAAGGAGUAUUGAAUUGUGUAGAGAGGUAACGCCGACUUAUGCCGGAGAUUUAGAGUUUAUCAAGUCAUUACAUGGGUGAUAGAUCCUUGGCAAGCAAGUUUUGAUUAUGAAGAAACUGGUAGCUGCAAAGGAAAGCUUUCGGUAACAGCAAAAGCAAUUGCUUUAACUUGCAAUGAUGAUACUGAAGAACAAAUUAGUCAUUUAUGUACUUUCCGUUAUUUCAAUGAUACUGGACCUUUGCGACUGUUUGUCAUUUUUGAGUCCAAAGACAUCAUACGCUGAGUAUCCAGCUUGGACGGCCAGUGUCAAUGGAAAACUUGAAUUUGAAUUUAAAACGUAUGAAAUGCAGUCAUUGCUUCUUUACGUGGAGGAAAUAGGUCACUUUCAAAGAUACGAUGAUAGAAGCUACCUGAAAUUGGAGUUGCGGAAGGGCGGUUUAUACUUAAUUGUGCAAAUGGGAGGCAGUGACUCCGCAAGUAAAAAAAGAAAGAGAUUUGGGGCAGGUUUAAAUGACCUGAAAUGGCAUAAAGUAGUUAUUCAACGAAAUGGAAUAAAAACUGUUGUAAUGAUCGACAAAUGGAAAUUUGAUGUAAACAAUGAAGGUGGUGUUCUGUCCUAUUUACCUAUCAAUUCGAGUCUUUAUAUUGGGGGAGUUCCACAUUCAAAACUGGGUAGCGCGGUAGACAAAGGCCUCGACAAAACUCCAAGGUUCAUUGGAUGCGUACGAAAUCUUGCAUACAGCGUCAAUAGCGAAUCGGUUAAAGCUGACCUUCUAUCUUCUGAUGGUGUUGAGUCUGGGUGUGCAAACGCCUGCACAAAGAGCAAGUAUGUGCCAUGCGCAAAUUCCGGUAAAUGUAUCAAUGAAUUCAAUACAUUUUCUUGCAACUGUAAAGGAUCUGGCUACAGAGGUCGCAACUGUACAGCGGCAUCGGAAAGUGCAUACUUCAGAGGAGUUGAGUAUCUAGAAUUUGGCGGUACACGAAGACUGUCGAUGGUUAGCCAUCACGUGAUCAUUCGUUUCAAGACGUACCUUGAGAAUGGGAUCCUUUUGGCUGUUGGAAUUGUUGGGAAAGAUUUUCUAAUUCUUGAAUUGCAUAAAGGAACUCUCAGGAUGGCGAUUGACUUGGGUGGAGGUAUUCUGGAACUAUUUAUUGGAAAUGGAGAUUUGAACGAUCGUGUCUGGCACAAGAUUGAACUUAUUCGGAAAGGGACGCUUUGCCAGCUCAAACUCGAUGACAAGUACGCUAAAAAUGCUACAACUCCAGGGCGAAACAGCAGAUUCGACGUCCAACAUUCUGAAACGACCUAUUAUGGUGGUCACCCUGACGCAAGAUACCUGCAAACCUCUAAAGCGAAGCAAAAUUUCUCUGGCUGUAUGCAAGAUGUUUUCUACAAUGAUGAUGACGUACUGGAGCAGACGUUUAGCUUCAGACAAGUUAAAACAGUGGAAGGUGUACAGAAGGGAUGCCCCAAAUUCACACCUCCGCCAACAACAACUUCAGCACCAACAGUUCAAACGACAGUUACAAAAAAACAGGACACAACAAGGAGGUUGGAGGAAAAAACCAAAGAAAUAGUAACACCUUCUGUUGUCAAAAAUGGAAAUUUUCAAAGCCAGAAUGGAGGAAAAUCGCCAAAAGAGCCUUUGACAAAGAGUCAGAUUGCUUGGAUUACCUCAGGGAUUAUUGUUGGGGCCCUUUUUCUUGUCUUCACAACGGCCUGUCUUGUUCACAGAUGCAAACGAAGAUACAAUGGAUUUUUAAUCAGCAGUUCACUUAAGAACAAAGACAACCAGCAGAGACCGAGCCUGAGAUACAAGGGCGAAAGGGUUGUAUUUCUAGAGCAUGGAACAAAAGAGAAACUCGACAAAGUAACAAAUUUCUAACAAUUGAAUAGGUCUUGUCUUGUCAAUGUGUCAGUUCUUUCAGUUUUCAAGACAAGGGUAGUGACUGAUUUUAUCCUUUCGUUAAAAUACACUGAAUGAUAAAUUGGCAGAAAAGAUAAACCACUGAAGAUAUCGAUUGGUGUGCACAAUUGGGGACAAUUGGAUGACCUUAAUUGAUGCUUCCGAACAAAUGAACAUUUUCGUAUUUUGUUUUCCAGUAAGAAUAUAAGGCGGCCAAUACGUCUUGUUUCCAUAGCUAGAGACAAGACGCCUUUCGAUAUAGACCGGAUCUAUGUUUCCAGUUCGGUGAAUGGAAAAUGCAUGAAGGAAACAUUAAAUUUGUAAAUUGUUGUAAGAAGGCAUUAGAGUUGUGAACAAUGUAGAUAAGUAUGUUAUUAAUGCUAAAUUAUAUAAGUAAGGUGUAUCGUAGCUACAGAUAAUUGAAAUAUGCUUUACUUUUGCCAAGGCUUAUUGCGUUCAAAUGGGUGGUAAAGCAUUUUUAUUACAAUAAACAUAUAUUUUUAUUUGCUGCACGUUUGAGAUAGUUGUUUAAAGAAGCAUUAAGCGAUUGGCUGUUUUAUUCAUCUCAUUGCAUUGCUAAUCACAAAAUAUAUUUCGAAUCAUCGACAACAAUCACCCUAGUUAGAUUCUCCUGAUCCUAGAUUCCCUGUGAAUUCUCUUGAUCCUAGAUUCCCUGAUAAAUUCCCUUAGCUUGGUAAAAUCCUCCUGAUCCUAGAUUCCCUUUGAAUCCUCCUGAUCCUAGAUUCCCUUUGAAUCCUCCUGAUCUUAGAUCCCUAUGAAUCCUCCUGAUCCUAGAUUUCCCUGUGAAUUUUCUUGAUCCUAGAUUCCCUGAUAAAUUCCCCUAGCUUGGUAAAAUCCUCCUGAUCCUAGAUUCCCUUCGAAUCCUCCUGAUCUUAGAUCCCUAUGAAUCCUCCUGAUCCCAGGUCCCUGAUAAAUUCCCUUAUCCUAGUAAAAUCUUCCUGGUCCUAGCUUCCCUUUGGUGUGAAGGGAAUUUAUGUUUCCAUGGAGAAGCCAAUUCUUGUCAAUCGUUCUUUCUGUUUUAAAAUGAAAGCAAUAAAUUAUAUUCCAAGAAAUGUAUUUCCUUUCGCUUCCAUAUUGUUCUUUUCUGCGAUGUUUCUUAAUACGUUGUUUUGACAUCUUAAUGCAUUUUUUGAACACCAGAAACAAUUAUGUCGAAGAUGCUUGGAUAAAUGUUGACCGAUCUAAAAGUUUAAACUUUUAAUUGCUGCCUCUGUUGUUAGUUAGCUUCAUUAAGUUGACGAGCUAUUGAAGAAUUUGAAGAUAGCACGGAAAGAUAAACAUUGUUCGGCACACCUCAAAGUUUAAAAGUUGGAGUAUAAGACAGAUAUACCCAGAUCCGAAUUGAAAGAAACAUGACAAGAACAACAAGACUUGAUGGGUUUCUUAUUUUUGACCAAUUGGCAAUGAUCUUAGGUAAUUAUUCAACGCUUUUCCUUUGGGUAGUGUCAAACAGAAAAAACUUCAAUAGGUUAUCUUUCUGCUUUCAGUGCUAUCGUCAAAUUUUGCGAUACCAAAGAUUUAUUUAGUCAUUAGAAAAAAGUCGAUAUCACUAGUUUUGCAGCCUUUUCUGUAGCUCGUUCUAUCCUAACAGUUACAAGUCGAAUAAAGCUAUUCAAAAUGAAGUGUCACCUUUACAAACAAUCAUUUAGAAAAAUUAAUGAUUAUCAAAGUCUUGAGUGAUCCUACUUUCUGUAAAUUUAAAUCUACAAUCCGGUAUAAAACUUGUCGAGAUUUUCAAUAAACGAUUAAGAUGUGGUGGCUACAGCUCUAACAUUGUUUUGGUGGAUCGGGGUGAGUGAGAUUAUCCAAGUUACAGUUCAUUAUUAACAUUUUAAAAGAUGAGAUCGCCCUUAAAAAAUUUGUCUAUGGUUGCAAUUAUGUCAUCUACAUUCAAGACAUUACAUGGUUGAUAAAAAUAACUUUACCACAAAAAUAAUAUCACAGGAUAUUUUAAAAAAGCCAUUUUAAUAUCAAUUCUGCAGUUUUUGUUACCAGACCCUACCCAUAAAUACAACUUUUUGUGUUUACUUUAUCUCAAAACAAAUAUUUCAGUUUGGAGGACAUGAUACGGUUUGACAAUGAUCACUACAAAUCCACGAAUCCACGAAGUAUUAAACUCGUGGUUCCAAAAGAAUUCCUGUCAUUGCGUUUUGACUUCACUUAAAUGUUUACACCUAACACAAAUCUGCGAGAGUUUACUCUUUUCUAUCUUUCAGUCGUAGAAAAGAGAGAAUUUUUGAUGGGAGGGGGCAUCAUUCUUUGAGAUCAGAGAAGCAAAAGGAUCAUCUGUUAAUUGAAAUCAAAGGAUUUUUUAUAUAUUUUGAGGAGGCAUGAGCCCCUUUACCAAUAACAAUAGCUGUGGUGUGGUCCCUCUUUUAAUGAAUCUCUUUUUCAUUGUUUUGAAACGUGACAACAGACUAGCCGAUAUGAAAGAAUUAUGUCUUAAGAGAGUUCAGAAAGGGUGCAUUCCUCUUAAUCGGGGAAGCAUGCCAUUGAGACAAAUUUUCUUUGAGUGACUCACGUACAUAUAAUACACAUAUUAACACUUUGCAACAGCAUACCAGAAUAAACCUCAUUAUUGCUUAUUUGAGAAUCUUUCCAAGCAUGCAACUAAGCUCAUAACAUGGAUUCCACGCAAGGCAAGCUGCAUGCUAUUUGGUAAACAUGUGGUAGGGCCUAACGAAAGUCAAAAGGUAAGUUUAAUAAGUUUCUGGUCGCAAAUGAACCUUCAAAGUUUACCAUCUUUAGAACAGGCGUUUUGUCAAAUGUUAAAAACUGAAAGCUACUGCCCCACCAUUAGGGAACUUACGUCGUUGAAA